AUGGUGAUUGGUCUAGCUGGAGUGACUGGAGCUUGUGUUCAAGCGAUUGUGGUAUUACUGGUCAUCAAAUCCGAAGCAGAAUGUGUUCUAAUCCAUUACCUUCUAAUAGAGGUUCAUACUGUACCGGUUUCUCAUACGAUCAACGACCUUGCAUACCAAGAAGGACCUGCAUUGGAAUACCAGUUGACGGAAAGUGGACAUCGUGGUCUGAAUGGUCACAGUGCUCCGAUUCUUGUAACAAUGGUCAUCAGUCUCGAACAAGGUAGCUUAUUGUUAAAGUUCUGCUCAAAUCCUCGUCCAUCAGAAGGUGGCAUGCAGUGUGUUGGCUCAGAUUUCGAAAUAAUGUCAUGUAACGAUACUUCCCGUUGCUUGCAUUCGCAAGAUGGAGCGUGGACUGAAUGGAAUUCAUGGUCAACUUGCACGUCCACAUGUGGCUUUGCUUAUCAAUUACGUCAACGGUAUUGUGGAAUGCCAUACCCUCAGGGCACUGGUAAGCCGUGCGUAGGGAUUGCUUAUAUGAGCAAUAUGUGCAAGACUGAUUUUUGCAAAGAUUCAAUUGAUGGAAUGUGGUCAGAAUGGGGCGAGUGGUCAUCCUGUAUUGCUGAUUGCAAAAACGCUCUCAAAAUAAGAAAUCGGACAUGUGAAUCACCGAAACCAAUCAAUGGUGGUUAUCCAUGUUUCGGACGUUCCUUCGAAACAAAACUAUGCCAACAGGAAGAAUCAAAAAAUAGUUGUUCGAAUUCGAUGCGAAAUAUUCAUCUGAUCGAAAUGAAAAGUAUGCUUAUUGAUCGAUGA